CUCGGGUCAGCGGAUCACUGAUCAACAGAAAGAGCCGAAGAUCUGUCAAGCUGACAGCUCGAGAGGAGAGUCAGUAAUCAGCAUUCCUUGGAGGGGGACAUGUGCACUGAUGAUCAGUGUGCCCUGAUUAUCAGUGUAGCCCCAGAAGUGCCACCUAUCAGUGCCCAUCAAUGCCACCUGCCAGUGCCCAUCAAUGCCACAUAUGAGUGCCUACCAGUGCACAUCAAUGCCACAUAUCAGUGCCCAUCUGAGCUGCCUUUCAGUGUCACUUAUCAGUGCCACCUAUCAGUGCUGCCUUUCUGUGCCCAUCAGUGAUGCCUGUCAAUGCCCAUCAGUGACACCUACUAGUGCCUCCUCAUCAGUACAGCCUAUCAGUGCCCAUCACUG